GGCCAAUAUGUAGUUGGAAUAGGAGAAAAUGAUGUUUACUAUGAGUUUAAUGAGAUGGAAAUAGCACCUCCAGCUGGUGUCUUAGCCUUAAAUUAUUCUAGGGCUACACAUUCUGAGCACCAGCCCCAUAAAUUUACCAUCUCAUGGACA